AUGGGAAAGAUCGGUGGCCUGGAGAUGCUAGGAAACGCGGUUGCUGCGGAAGGCGAUCUCAGCCUUCCACGCAUCAGAGCAGAGAGCUCAAACGGGGCAGGUCCCUCCGGCCGUUCACCUGCCCAUGUGACUGGCACAGACAGGCCCUUCGUCAACGAAGCGUUCAGCAACGGAGCGGUGUCUGGCGAUAGCAGGCAGAAUGUGAAGUCUGCAGCAAGUGGCACCCUGGGACCUGCUUCAGGCUUGGGCAGCACUGGGGAAGAGGGGAGCACGUCUGAGGCUUCGGCCAGCAGCGUUGUAAUCAGGUUGAAAGAGGAUCUGACCAGGCAGCGCAGCACAAAAGAGAUUGACCCAGCCAUGCGGUCGCGCAAGGAGGUCCUUCGGCAGCUCAGAACAGGAGAGACAGAGGGCCUCUGCGAAGCCGAGAGGCUGCGCAGACUGCGCAUCAGCCAAGCCAACAAGGGCAGGGUCCCUUGGAACGCCGGUCGCAAACACACCCCAGAGACUAUAGAGAAGAUCAGGCAGAGCACGAUGAAGGCGAUGAAGGAUCCUGCGGUGCGUAAGAAGCUGGUCGCCAUGCAUGAGCCCCAGAUGCACACUGCGGAAUCGCGGGCAAAGAUCUCCCGAGGGGUCAACAUGAAUCUGCUGAAGAAGGAGGGCGUGGAUCUGGGCGUGCUGACCCCAGAGGAGAUUGAGGAGAUGCUGGCGCAGAGGCGAGCCACCGCGGCUGCCACGACUGCUGCGCAGGUGGCUCGGCGGGCUGCCAGGCGACAGGCAGCGGAGAAGGAAGAGCAUGCACGGGAGCAGGCACGCACUGUAGAUGCCAAUUUCCGAAUAUCGCUCGGCUUCGUGGAAGGCCUGAGGAAUGGUGACGGCACGAUCGUCGCCGAGGGCCCCACUGCAGAGCCGCCUGCACCGCGGCCCAGCAGACGAAAGGCGGCGCCAAAGCCGCCAGCCGCAGGCGCGGCGCCGAAAAAGGCGCCGGCGCGUCGGCGCGAAUCGGCGGUGGCCACUGCAAAGCGCGCUGCGGCGGAGGCGGCGGCUGCGGCAGAGGAGGCGCGGGCCGAGCAGCUGAAGCGCGCCCUCACACUCGUCAUGAGGCUGGAGCAGGCCCUGGCGCAGUGCUACAGCCACCAGGAGGCGACAGUGCGGUCGGCGAGCUUGGAGGAGAGGGAACGCGUGGAACAGGUGGUGCUGAACGCCCAGGAGCAGCUGCUGCGCGCCAAGGGGCAGGUCGCUCGCCUGCAGCAGGGCGCUCCAAUCCCAAUCUCCAUCGCCCUCUCUCUUGAGGCGCGCCCCCCACUCUUCUAUUCAUAUGUGUCAUCCUGGAGUCUUAGGCCCUCAGGUGAGGAAUCGGACGCGCUGUCGCGGAUCGUGGCGGCCAACGGCGCCGCUGCCGGCCGGCCGGGGCUGGCGCGCUUCAAACGCGCGCUGGCCGCCGACCGUAACGGGUCGCGGCCUGGGGUCGUAACGGCGCCCUUUGGGGCCGCCGAGAGGGAGGCGGCUGCUGCUAAUGCUGUAGACGGUAUAUGGGACAGGACCACCAAGAACGCCUUUGCCCAUAAGCGCCAGAAAGCCCCACGGAUACUGCCGCCUAACGACGCAGCAGGGCUGCUUGGGGGGACAAGGUACCACGGGCGAAACACCCCACUGAAGGCAAAGACUGCCGGGCCGGCAGAGGGGAAAGAAGCCUCCAACAGCCGGGCUCACCUGAGCUGCCACUCACCCUACUCACCCCUGCUCAAGCGGCGGGACGUGAUGGGCCAGGAGGGGUUCACGGGGAUGCAGGAUGAGUCGCAGCGGAAGGCAUCCAAGCGAAUGUACAGCGCAGCUGCCGCCAGCACAAGGCGAGGCUACGAGCUGCAGGCAUGCCUACUCCCACUUUCCACUGGGGCGUCGGCGACGGUGGUGGCUGCUGACGCGGCGCGCAGGAAGCUGAUGGGAGAGGGAACUCCGCCGGCCAGCGCGCUCGUGGCGACCCACCUGCGCGUCAUGUGCGUCGGCACAGGGCUGACUCAGGCUGACGUGGACCCCGGCGUGCGCCAGCGCAGCGCGCACAGCUGGCGCCAGCCUGGCGCAGCAACCAGCCUACUAGCCGGCUACCCAGUGCCGUUGCUAGACCUGCAGGCUUCGCGGCCCCGGUAUAAGUUGGACGCUCGCCGGACUCCAGCACCGCAAACUUUGGCGCAGCGUCCCGGCACGGCGGCUGCGGCGUAUGGUGACGCAAGAUCUGGCUAUUACUCAAACCGAGUGAGGGCUGACGGCGUCGAAAACCUCCUGGGCCGCCAAACACUGGAGCUGUAG